GGCACUGCGGCGCCGGUGCCGGUCAUGGCGGCGGCAGCAGCGCGCCUGUUCCGCGGGGCCGCCCGCGGCCCGCCCGCCCUCGCCUUUGCCCGGCCGCUGGGCUCCGCGCCGCCGGGGCCGGCGGGCCGGGGGGCGCGGCGGGCCGCGCUGGCGGCCGCGGGGGCUUUGGGCGGGCUGGGGCUGGCGCUGGGGCUGUGGCGGCGGCAAGCCGCGUUGGCGGCGGCCCGGGAGGACGAGGAGGAGAAGGAGCUGCGGCAGCGGUUCAUGGCGCCGCCGGUGAGCGGGCUGCGGGAGCUGCGGCGGCGGCGGCGGGAGCUGCGGAGCCGCAUGGAGCUGCUCAUCAUGGAGACGCAGGCGGAGGUGUGUCGUGCCCUGGCCGCCCUGGACCCCGGCGCCUCCUUCUCCGUUGACAGCUGGGAAAGGAAGGAAGGCGGAGGCGGUAUCAGCUGCGUGCUGCAGGAUGGCGAGGUCUUCGAGAAGGCGGGUGUGAAUGUGUCCGUCGUGUCCGGGCUCCUGUCCGAGGAGGCAGCGCGGCAGAUGCGGAGCAGGGGGAAGUCUCUGAAGGCCAAGGACGGGAAGCUGCCUUUUUGCGCCAUGGGUGUGAGCUCUGUUAUCCAUCCAAAGAAUCCUCAUGUUCCAACCAUGCACUUCAACUACAGAUACUUUGAAAUUGAAGAAGCAGAUGGAACUAAACAGUGGUGGUUUGGUGGUGGGACUGACCUCACUCCAACUUACUUGAAUGAAGAGGACGCUGUUCAUUUUCACAAGACUCUGAAAGAAGCCUGUGACAAGCACGAUCUGAAGUUGUAUCCCAAGUACAAGAAAUGGUGUGAUGACUACUUCUAUAUCAAGCACCGUGGCGAGCGAAGAGGGAUUGGAGGCAUAUUCUUUGAUGACAUGGACUCUCCCUCCAAGGAAGAAGUAUUCCAGUUUGUAAAGAGUUGUGCCAAAGCUGUCGUGCCUUGUUACAUUCCCAUUGUGAAAAAGCACUGCCAUGACUCCUUCACACCAGAGGAGAAGCUAUGGCAACAGCUUCGGAGAGGACGGUAUGUAGAGUUCAACUUGCUUUAUGACAGAGGUACAAAGUUUGGCCUCCUGACACCAGGAUCAAGAAUCGAAAGCAUUCUUAUGUCUCUGCCACUGACUGCAAGAAUCCUAAUAAUCUGUUUGCUGGUUUUGAGUACUGCUCAGCAUUGAGGUGCCUUUUUCAUAAAACUGUUAUGAUGCCAAGGUGGGAGUACAUGCACAACCCACCAGAGAGCUCCAAAGAAGCAGAAAUCCUGGAGGUACUGCGAAAUCCCAAAGAUUGGGUGCACUGACAAGAAUCAUGAAGAAGAUGGAUUGCUUCCACUGAGCCAUUCUGAGAGAACAGGAAUGCCAGCAAACCAGCCCAUUCAAACUGGUGUUGUGUGGUGUUUCAGUGUGUCUGUUUAUACCUCGUGCCUUAAUUAUGCUGUAGACUUGUUAGAACUUGCAAUUGUGUGAACUCAUUUAGAUUGAUGGGCUAAUGUUGUCCCCCUGUUGCUGCUGCCUUGUGAAGGACUGGUGAAGACUUCACAGGGCUACUCUGCAUGCUUUAGGUGACUGCAAAAUGGCAAACUACUGUGAUGUGUUCAGGGAAAUGAAAGCAUUAUCUGUGCCUAAAUAGCACUGCUUACCCUUAUAAAACGUUGGGAUGCUUAAAAAUAUUUUUUUUAAAGAAUAAAGGGAAUAUUUGGUAUUAUAUUAAACCUUAAA